UGGUGUUGUCAUUUUGCUUCAGGGAGGAACCUUCACUAUUUCAAACCUUGGCAUGUACGGGAUAAAGUCAUUCUCUGCUGUAAUCAACCCUCCACAGGCAUGUAUCCUAGCGGUGGGUGGGGCAGAAAAGAGGCUGGUCGUGGAUGAAGACAGCAAUCAAGGAUAUGGCCAGGCCAACAUGAUGUCUGUAACUCUCAGCUGUGAUCAUCGGGUCGUAGAUGGAGCUGUCGGUGCCCAAUGGCUCGCAGAAUUCAGGAAGUUCAUGGAGCGACCAGAAACCAUGCUCCUAUAAUGGAUUAUAUAGGAUAACGGUCCAUGGAACAUGAAAUCUCAAGUGCUAGAAAAACAAGUGCAAUCAGAAAACUGGAACAGGAACAACUGGCAGUUAUAGUGCCUUUUUGUUUCUGGUUUUUUUACCCUACAGCAGUAUGAGAAUGUCUCCAGUGAUGAUCUGAGUGAACCAAAAUGAAAUUUCGAUACAUGUGUGCUGUCUGUUAUGAUAAACAAGUUCACGCGCAGGGUGUCAUACACUGAUAUAACAUGACACUUAUCUGAUGACAAGAUUCAAGGCCUGCAUUGAUAGCUAGAAGGAAUAGGAGAGUGUUCUUUGUGAUAUUUUCCUUAAAGUAGGAUGUCUUGAGGUCUUCUAGAUGUGCUCAAUUUCAGACCGAAAUGUCCAUCCGAUCAAGAUACAGCAUUUCUCUUCAAGGAAUAUUAGGUUUCUAGUUUUGUAGAACAAUUUUCAUGGGAGUUAUCAGAUCACUUGACUAGCUGCGAACCAGGGGACAAUACUCUAAUGAUAUUUGAAGUAGGAGUACAGACUUAUGGGCUCACUACGGUAAUAGUCACAAACACAACACUACAAGUUUACUUAAGAAUUAUGGUGGAGAAUAAUGUAUUUUCUCCAAUUAUAACAUGAUAAGGAAGUAAUAGGGAGUUGUUUUAUAGAUAGAGGAAGUAAAUUACAGUCCAUGUUUUUUUCUUUUAAUGUACUGCCUAUGAUAUAUAAAGCCAAAGUUUAUAAACCAGUUAAAAUCUAAAUUUGGAAAAUGUAAUUGUUACCUCCUAAAAUGUUGCGAAUAAGGUGCCUCUUUUAGUUGGGAAACCAUUGCUUAUUCUAGACGGCCAAUUGACUUCAAGGUUCUCUUAUUUUCUAUUAAUUUUAGAGAGUAGAAUAGGAUAUCAUUAGUGGAUCUUGAAUACCACAUAAAAGAUUUAUUCUCUCCAGGUUUUUAUAUUUUAACAACAUGUUACUUUAGUGCUAUUUCAUUUGACGAACAAGUUAUCAUGUUGUGUUUUAAGAUUAAAAUUUUCCCCCAGACUACUAAUUAUACUUUUGUACUUGUCAUUGAUGAUGAGUAGGUAUUUAUGAAGACAAACAUCCUGUAUUCCAGCAGGCAGCACGUUUGUGAUAACUAGCCACGAAUGUGUCGGUUACUGAUGGUACUAACCCGAUACAGUAUGUAUGUAGUACAUGGAGACGUUGAUGUUUUAUGCUUUAUAUUAGAAGGAUGUCGGAGGAAGGACCGUGAGGGUGAAAACCGAGACAUUGUUAAAAUUGUGUUUUACCCAAACAUUAUGUUUGUAUAUAAUUUAUUCAAAUUAAAUGUUGUAAACAAAUAA